AUGCCACUCAGAGCCGAACUACCCAUUGUGCGCGUGGAGCACGGCUCGAUGCACACCAUCGAGACACGCAACCCAGAGAACCUCUUCGGACUGUGGAGUGUCUUUUCCAAAUGCUCGCCUGCCAUGGAGGACGGAAAGCGCUACGAGAACAUGGCCUGGCGGCUGUGGGCGCGCGAGACGUUCUGCUGUCAACCAGACCACGUUGUGUCGCCGCAGUGGGCGUUUGACCAGGAAAUCGCCGCCAGCGCCAGCACCACUACCGACGUGCCAGAGCUGUCAACCAGCGUUGCGUCAGAUGACUCCAUGUCCAUUGACCCCGUCGCCACAUCCCAGCACCGCUCCGACUCAUCAGCCUCACGCCCAGACCUGCGCCGCCACGACUCGGCCACAAGCAACGCCCGCGGCAAGCACAUGACGCCCACCGAUUUGGAGAAGGUCGUCAACUCGAUACAGGAGAAAAAGGUCAUCGAGCCCUUGUCGCCGCUUCCCCCGCAGCUUGCCCCACCCACAACCAAGGCACCGCAACCAGAUGACGCCGUAGCCCCGCGUUCGGCCUCGCCACCCUUGGCUGCCCGCCGUUGCGCACCGGAGCUCUCCACGUCCACCUUCGCCACGGCUCGCGGCAGCGACGAUAUGAGCGCUGCUGGCUCAGAAGCCAGCACCUCGACUGACAUGAGCCAGCACAGUGUCGUCCGCGGCUUCGAGCCUGGCCACAUCUCCACCUCGAUGCGUUCCAGCACCAACCUUGCACCCACGCCCAUCUUGAAGCAGACGCCCAGCUUCAUUGUGAAGCCGCCUCCCUCCAGGGCAGAGCCAAUGAAGAAGAAGCAGCCCAUGUUCACGCUCGGUGGUUCGUCUGACGAGGACGCCAGCAGCUCUCUAGAGGCCUACUCCCUCGCACAGCGCAGCGCUCUGUCUGACAAUCUCCGCAAGGCUGGCCCAAUGCGCAAGACGACCUCCUUUGCCAACCAGAUCAGCCUGCGCCAGUACCAAGAGGCCAUCUCCGAGAGCGAAGGUGCCAUUGAAAGCGACAGCGACGAGCCAGAUGAGAGCGCCAUUGAAGAGGAAGACUCGGGAGACGACUGGGAAGACGACGACGACGAGGCCGAUGAGAGCCACCAGUCGAGCGUGCAAGCCACUAGCAUGUUUCCCCGUGUUGACUCCAAGCCCAACCUCACCUCCCACCGCUCCCUCCUCACUACGAUGAUGCACGAAGGCGACCGUGCGCAGGCAAUGCAAAACGCAGCCCAGCGCCAGCAGCCUCCCCCCAUCCGUCGAUCUCGCACAACAACACCGAACGGGCCCUCGAUUGGCAACUCACCCCAGGAAGACAGUGGUUUAAUGAUGCGCCAACAGACCUCGCGAGCCAAGCCGAUCAUCAUGACGACUUCGAAUGUACACCCACCCGCCUUAUCUCCCCGGACCACGCGCCGUCUGAUGCUCCAGAACGAGCUCAGCGGCUCACUCCGGCAGAACCUGCUCUGGGAACGGCAGCAGAAGAACGCGACAACAAAUGCAGCCGUGAGACGAGCUGCCACUACAACCGACCUCGAAGGUAUGAGCACCAUGGCUCAGGCUCAACCCAUGCACACGAGUGCGAAAAACCCCAACAGCUAUUUCGACCAAGGUCUUGGUAGCUACCAUACCAAAGGAUGGUAG